AUGGGCGACGACGUGGACCGUGAGCCCAACGGCUCAGGGGAGUCGCCGUUCCCGCUUACGGCCGUGGACAAAUGGAUUCUUUCACAGACGGACGAGGAGUUCAAGUUGCACGACUGGGAAGAUCUGAGGCAGAUUAUAGAGUCCAACAACCUGUCUAUUCUCAAGCGCAAGCCCUCGGACCUCCGCCGGUACAUGAAGUGGACGGCCGAGACCAAAGCCGCAUACGGCUCCAUGACCAACUACAUACUCACCCAUCGCCUUCCCAACAGCUGGGGUCAACCGCCCUUCACUCCCUCGUCCACCAUCCCGUUCGAGGACUCUUCCGACUACAAGGUCCUCCUCAACGACUGGCCGUAUGGACUGGAGCCCAACAUCACGCACAUUGUCGUGUGGUCGCGAACGCUCAUCCCCACCGAUGGGGACACGGGCGACAUGACGCCCGAGAGCAGGAGACUGGUUGGCGACUUUGUCAAGAGGUACUUUGUCGACACGCUUGGGCCGGGAGGCGACAAGCAAGUGCUGUGGUUCAAGAACUGGGUUGCGCUCCAGAGCGUGCGGUCGUUGGAGCACAUCCACGUGCUGGUUCGCGACGUCGACGACGACACUCUGGAGCGGUGGUCGGGGGAGCGGCCGAAGCGCAGCACGUAG